AUGUCUCAAGUUGUGAAAAAAAUCUUCGCCCCUUUAGGAAUUUUAAAUUGGCUUCAAGAGCAACGUAAAAAGCAUGGUUCAACUUUUCGCAUUUGGUUUGGUAAGGAUUUAAUGGUAUUCUUCACAAAUCCAGAAGACAUUAAGCACAUACUCAGCAAUAAUACUUUACUAACAAAAUCUCGUAAUUAUGAAAUUGUUGAAUCAUGGUUGGGAAAAGGAUUACUCACAAAUAGUGGUGAAUCUUGGCACAGACGCAGGAAACUACUCACACCUGGUUUUCAUUUCAAAAUAUUAAGUGAAUUUAAGGAACCCAUGGAAGAGAAUUGUAAAAUCUUAGUUAGUCAAUUACUUGCAAAAGCUGAUGGUCAACCGUUCGAUAUUUACCCUUACAUAACACUCUUCGCAUUGGAUGCGAUAUGCGAAACAGCAAUGGGCAUUAAGAAGAAUGCGCAGUUGCAAGCCAAUUCUGAAUAUGUGCAAGCAGUGCAGGAUAUUUGCCGUAUUUUGCAUAAGCAAUCAUUCUCAUUUUGGCAACGAUUUAAUAUACUUUUCAAGUUUAGUGGGGCCGGAAAGGCACGUGAUGCAGCAUUGAAAGUAUUGCAUGAUGAAACGAAUCGGGUGAUCAAACUUAGACGCGAAAUGCUGAAGAAUUCUCAAAUCAGCACCUUCAGUGAUGUAGAUAAAACUGAUGAUAUAGGUAGUAAGCGGCGCCUUGCUUUCUUAGACAUGUUGCUCAUAUCACAAAUUGAAGGUGGUGAUCUAACAGAUCGUGAAAUUCGUGAAGAAGUCGAUACAUUUAUGUUUGAAGGACACGAUACUACCAGCUCUGCAAUCGCAUUUGCAAUUUAUUUACUAUCUCAGCAUGCAGAUGUGCAAUAA